AUGAGUGCUGCUUUGCUUGCCAUCAUAGCUUUCUUCCUGACUUCUGUGUCCAUUUAUCUUCUUUGGACACUCUUUAGAUUGGUUCACACUGCAUGGUGGACCCCGCGCAGAUUACGUAGAGUAAUGAGCUCACAAGGCAUCAUAGGCCCCCCUUACAGCUUCCCUCAUGGCAACACAAAACAAAUCUCCAACAUGAGGAGCCAAAGCAUGGGCAAACCCAUGUUUGAUGUAUCUCAUGACAUUUUUGCAAGAAUACAGCCUCAUGUCCACACUUGGAAAGAGAUUUAUGGUAAAAAAUUUCUGACCUGGCAUGGUACAAAGCCUUACUUGUUCAUUACUGAACCUGAGCUGAUCAAAGAAGUACUGGCCAACAAAGAAGGUGCUUAUCCAAAAAUGGACCUCGACGGCUAUGCAAAGAAGCUCCUAGGUGAGGCACUUAUAACAAACGAGGGUGAAAAAUGGGCCAAAGUUAGGAAACUCGCCAACCACACCUUCCAUGCCGAGAGCUUGAAAAGAAUGGUACCCGAAAUGAUUGGUAGCGUUGAAGUGAUGUUGGAGAGGUGGAAAGAAUUGGAAGGAAAAGAGUUGGAUGUGUUCAAAGAUUUUAGGGUGUUAACGACUGAAGUGAUAUCCAGGACAGCAUUUGGUAGCAGCUUCUUGGAAGGAAAACAUAUCUUCAAGAUGGUAUCCAAUUUAACCGCAAUAACUGUCAAAAAUGUGUACAACGUUAAGUUUCCUGGAAUCAGCAUGUUAAUGAAAAGUAGCGACGAAAUUGAAGCAGAGAAGCUAGAAAGAAGAAUCAAGGGAGCCAUCCUAGAGCUAGUGAGGAAGAGGGAGAAAGAGAGCAAUGGAGUUGUUGAAAAUUAUGGGAAGGAUUACCUAGGAGAGCUUAUGAAGAUUAGUGGUGGGUCCGACAUAAGCAAGAACAUCAGCUUGGAUCAGAUGAUCGACGAAAUUAAGGCUUUGUAUGGCGCUGGACAUCUUACAACUACUUCUUUGCUUGGAUGGUGCAUUUUCCUGCUGGCACUCCACAUUGAAUGGCAAGAAAAAGCUCGAACGGAGAUUUUAGAGCUGUUUGGGCAUGAGAACCCAACGUCUGAUGGUAUUGCAAGAUUAAGAACGAUGAACAUGAUACUAAACGAAUGCAUGAGACUAUAUCCUCCGGUGAUCACAGUAACAAGAAAAGUGGAAAGGGAAGUGAAACUAGGCAACCUAACCCUACCAGCUGAUAUCACCAUUUUCAUGCCCAUAUUAGCACUGCAUCAUGACCCCCAAAUAUGGGGAGAAGAUGUUCAUCUCUUCAACCCACACAGAUUCGCACAAGGCGUAGCUAAAGCGACCAACAACAAUGCGGCCGCCUUCUUCCCUUUUGGGAUGGGGCCUAGAACCUGCGUUGGCUUAAACUUCACCACUAAUGAAGCCAAGAUCGCCCUCUCCAUGAUCCUGCAACGUUACAAGCUCAGUUUGUCGCCAAAUUACGUGCAUUACCCUGCUGAUAUCUUCAUCCUCACCCCUAAAAAUGGAGUUCAGGUUAUCCUGCAGAAUAUUUGAUUGUUGCUCGCACGUGCUUAAUUCACUGAUUGAGUAGGCAGUAUUUG